UUAAAGACAGUGUGUGUUUCGAGGUCAGUUUCAUGUGCAGGUCAUGAUGGAUCGAGCAGCUCUCCAGGUGAUUCUCUUGGGCAUGUUUCUCAUGUCAGCCACUUCAGACCCUGUUAAGAAGAAAAAAAAUGUGGAUAUAUACAGCUUCUACAUUAACUCCACGGUCACCAGUCGCUACGCCACAACAGUCAUCACGAGCCGUGUUGCGAACACACUGAAUGAAUCUCAAGAGAUCCAGUUUGAGGUCAAGAUUCCCAAGAAUGCCUUCAUCAGCAAAUUCAGAAUGACCAUUGAGGGAAAAACAUAUGAUGGGGUUGUGAAGGAAAAAGAAGCAGCUCAGCAGCAAUACAAUCAAGCAGUAUCUCGAGGACAAAGUGCUGGACUGGUCAAAUCUGUUGGAAGGACUUUAGAGGACUUUAAAACCUCAGUGACAGUGUCUGCUUUUAGUAAAGUGACCUUUGAGUUGACCUACGAGGAACUGCUAAAGCGUCGCCUCGGAAAAUAUGAGCUACUCAUCAAUGCCCAACCAAUGCAGCCGGUGGCUGACUUCAAGAUAGAUGUACACAUCCAAGAGAAACCAGGAAUUUCCUUCUUGGAGGUGAAAGGAGAUUUGAGCACCGGUGAUCUGGCCAAUGCCAUCAAAACCACCAGAGCAGACAAAGACUUUCAGGUAUGGGUGACCUUCUACCCCACACAAGAUCAACAGACCAAGUGUAAAAGCUGUGGAGAAAAUGGGCUGAACGGUGACCUGCUCAUAACAUACGAUGUGGAGAGACAAAAUCCCAAAGGAGAAAUCAUGGUAUCAAAAGGCUAUUUCGUCCACUACUUUGCUCCAUCUGAUGUUCCACGUAUUUCCAAAAAUGUGGUGUUUAUCAUCGACCGGAGUGGUUCUAUGAGCGGCCGAAAAAUAAAACAGACUCGAUUGGCACUGCUAAAGAUUUUAAGUGAUCUUGAUGAGGAUGACCACUUUGGAUUGAUCACCUUUGACAGUGAAGUUAGCUUAUGGAAGCGUGAGCUCCUCAGAGCUACUGAGGCAAAUCUGGAGAAUGCAAAAUCUUUUGUGAAGGAGAUCAGAGAUAGAGGAGCCACGGACAUAAACGCUGCAGUUCUAGCAGGAGUGGACAUGAUCAAUCGACAUCCACGAGAGGGAACAGCCUCCAUCCUGAUCCUGCUGACUGAUGGAGAUCCCACUACAGGUGAAACCAACAUAGAGAAGAUAAUGUCCAAUGUGAAAAAGGCCAUUGGCAAUAAAUUUCCCCUCUAUUGUCUUGGUUUUGGAUAUGAUGUUAACUUUGACUUCCUGACAAAGAUGUCACUGGAAAAUAGUGGAGUUGCUCGCAGGAUUUAUGAAGAUUCAGACGCUGAUCUACAGCUGCAGGGCUUCUAUGAAGAAGUUGCCGUCCCUCUCCUCACUGAUAUUCAACUUAAAUACCCAGGAGGGACAAACCUUACCAAGACCAGCUUUAGUUUGUACUUCAAUGGCUCUGAGAUUGUGGUGUCAGGACAAAUAACAGACAACAGUGUGGAGAGUUUCACCACUGAAGUCAUCGCAGUAUCAAAAGGCAGUAAUGUGACAUAUCAGGACACUAUAAUGACAAAAGACCCCAGUGAUGUCCCACCUGAGAAUGAAAAUUUCAUGCAGAGGUUGUGGGCCUACCUUACAGUGAAGCAGCUUCUGGACAGACAGGUGCUUCUUAAAGGACAGGAGAAAGAGGAUGAAAAAAAAGAAGCUCUCAAACUCUCCCUGAAAUACCAGUUUGUCACUACCCUGACCUCUAUGGUUGUCACUAAGCCACAGGAAGGUGAAGUGGAAGUGGCCAACAAACCCAAAGAGGGAAAAGGGGGAGAUGGAUAUACAGCUGAUGUUGAUUCUGAUGAUGAUGACUCAGCAUUUGCUUCUUUUUCAGUUAUAAAUCAUCAUCCUGCACAACGUGCCUUCCUAUUGCACAGCGUUCCAAUGGACUAUCCUGCUGCAAUGGAUUAUUCUGAUGCAAUGGAUUAUUCUGAUGCAAUGGAUUAUUCUGUAAUGAUUCAUCAUCCUCUACCAACCUAUGGCUCCCCAACUAUUCAUACAACUACUCCCCCUGCUGUGCAAGUCCAUAGCAAUCGUUUCCUGCUGCCUGUUGUUGGUCAGUCUAAGCCACUCUGUUUCGACGUUCCUCUUCCUCACAAACUCAGACUCCUGCAGGAUUCAGCUUCAGAGUUCUCUAUGAACGGAGAGUCUUUGAGUGAAAAUCAUGGAUUCCAUCAAAUUGCUAUUCAUUACAAAACUAACCAUCAUUUGAUAAUAAGCACAAAGUCUAUCAGUUACCAUAAUGGCCAGGACAAAGUUGAGAUUUUGUGGGGCCAGGAACUCACCCAACACAAUACAGAUGGGGUGUCUCUGGUUGUCCUGGAAAACGAAAUGAAUGUUACCAUGGGAAAUAUUGGUGUUGUUAUUAUUUCUCAUAAGAAAGAUGGGGUCAAGUUUUUGUGGCCUGCCAUUUGGGAACAUCCAAAAGAUGUUAACCUGACAGGUGUUUUAGGAAAGUCUGAUAUUUCAUAUGUGAAGACUGAAGGAUCACAAACACCAACUCUUAAGAUGAAGGACAAGGAGGUGAAGACAUAUUUGGAGACUGUCAGCGAUUACAGAUUCCAUUCCACUCCUGUUCAGGAAUGCUGGCUUGUCCCAUUCCAGGCUGUGAUGGAGGCAGAGAUUUCUGAUUUCACUGUCACUCAGCUUUAGAGUUAACAAACAGCGUUUCCUUUUGAUUUUGAUGGUUCAUGUUAAGUAAAUGCAUCAAUGGUUUAAUUCUACCUGGCCUAGGAAGACAUACAUUCAAUUGUCUUAAAUAUAUAGUUUGCUUGAUAUGCUGACUUUUUGUUUUUGUUUAUGAAAAUUAACUUUCCACUGAUUAAUCCAGAUUAAUGCUUAAUAAAUAAAGCUGAUUGAGUUGGGUAGCUCAUUUCAGCAGGAGGGAACAUUUAAGUCCAUGAAAGUGAUUUUGUGCUUUUUUGGAAUAGCACAAAGUGAUGUUCACUUGUAGAAUGCAAGCUUCUAGAGGGCACAUAUGUCAGAAGUAAUACAUUUAGGUAAAGGGGUGCAGAGCUAGAGGUGGUUUUGUAGGCAAACAUUAAUGCCUUGAAUUUUAUGUGAGCAGCUAUUGGUAAUCAGUGCAUACUGAAAAACAGAGGUGUGACAUGCAUUCUUUUUGGCUCAUUAAAAUUGAUCUUGCUGCAAUGUUCUGGUUUAUUUGUAAUUGUAAAUUAAUUGUUGUUCUUUCAUUAUGCCUCCAUGCUGAAAAUAUAUAUUUUUUAAUAUAAUCAAAGAAUACAUGUUAAAAUUGGGUAUCC